UGAUCCGCUUUCAUCUCACACAUUACGAUUUACACUCAGCACGAAUCAACACGUAUUCUACACAGCUACAGGCGUAUUAUACCAAAAUGACUGACAAGUUUGAGUGGGUGGCAUCUACCUACCCACAGCACCCUAUCCCUUCCCUCUACACCCACCCCUCUUCCUCUUCAAUGAUGAUGGCCCCACAGCCUCAGGGCCACUACAUCUCUUAUGGACAGUACUGCUUGCCGUACAAACAGCCUGUGCAGCAGUAUCAGUACAGUAAUUACGCUACAGGGUACUAUAAUCAGUACCAACAGUCUGUGGCGUCUGGUAUGAUCUGGUACCCUCUCUACCAGCAUCAGACACCAAUGAUUCAACAGCAAGUCACGUCUCCUUUGCCCAAAAGAGUCGGCAAGAGGAUUACAAUCCGAGACCCCAACCAGGGAGGACGUGACAUCACUCAUGAGAUCCUAUCUGGAUUAUACCGUGAGAGCAAAUCUGUGGCAGUUGCUUCUGCCCCUCUACAGAAACAUGAGGAUCCAUCACCAACGUCUUCAUCGCUUCCUGCUCCCUCUGUUUUGAAUGGCAGUGUGGACGUUCCAGUGGCAGAAGAAGAGAUCUGCACUGAUUUAGUGAAUGUGGAGCAAAAUGAUUCUGAGAUGCUCCCAUUGAAUAGUUUGGGCUCUGUAGUUGAAGUGCUCCCUGAGAGUGCUUCUGUUUCCAAUGUGGUUGAAUCUGUUGUCUCACUGACUGUGUCUCCUUCCCCACCUCCAGAUAUUCCUGAUCUGUCUUCACCGAGUGGCAGUGUGGAAUCUGGAAAAGAUGUGGAACAUAACACCAUACCUGCAGAACUGAUCUGCAGUGGUUUAAAGGAGGAGAAGUCCAAGGAUGCUGAGAUAUCAGUUUCUAACUCCACCUGUAUUGAAGUGCCCAAUGAGAUUAAAUCUUUUGCCACUGGAAAAGCGGAUAACGAGGACAAGCCAACGUUGGUGCCCUCAGACACAAAUCUGUCUGAUGAUGAGGAGCUCAAGAUAAGGAGAGUGAAGACAAUGAUUGACUUCACUGUGGAAAGAGCAACAACAGAGCCAAAGUCUGCAGUGAUGUACGCAAACUUCUGCUACGAACUGAAGGAUGAAGUGUCCACUAUGAAGAAGAUGCUGCUCAGCCGCUGCCAGGAGGAGCUUAGAAAGGAGAGGAAACAUGACAUGGCUCUUGCUAAGAAGCAGAAAGAGCUGAAUGAUGCCAAAAAGGAAAAAGUUUGGCAGAACUUGAAGAAAGACCUUGAGGAAGAGAAGAUCAGGUCCUUCCAAUGUUCUCUCCUCAACAUGGAGUUCAUUGCUGAGCUUUUUAAACGUGAGAUGCUCCCCAAGUCAUUUAUCAACAGCUGGAUUGAGCAGAAGCUGGUCGUGAAUCCAAGCGAAGAGAACUUGGAGUGUCUCUGCAGGCUGCUAUCAAUGGCCGGAAAGGACCUGCAUGAUGAAAAUGACACGUACUUGAUGGAUCUGUACUUCUGUGCGAUCAACAAAAUCAUCCAGCAGAAGAAGCUUUCAUCAAGGAUCUGCAGCAUGCUGCAAAGCAUUGUGGAACUAAGACAGAAUAACUGGGUUCCCAAGCGCAAGAUUCGGGACACCAAAACCAUCAAUGUGGACUCAAGUAUUAAAAGAGGAAAGCGAGCUAUUAAAAAACAGGAUGAUGGUCCUAUGACAGUGACCAUCAGGAAUCAAACGGACGAUACAUCCCGCCCCAGCAAGAUCAACAAGCCUGGUGCCGCAAAUCACAACCAGCUUGAUGUGCCUGCAAGAAAGAGCUCAUGGGGAAAUUGGGGCAAUAGAGGUACCAAAGGUUCCCGGGACAGAUCCAGCACUGAAGAGAAUGGAAGUGCUUAUAUUAGAACUAAGUUCUGCUAG